AUGUCAGGCAGCAUCCAGCUCGUGACAAGCAAGGUCGACGGACGCAAGCAUGCCUUGAAAACCUUUGACAAGAACGGACUGACCGAAGGCCGGUACAGACACCUGAAGAAGGAAUGCGAAGUCUUUCUGACGGUGGACCAUCCGAACAUCGCGCAACUGAGCGAUGUCUACGAAUGGGAAGAUGGCAUUGCACUCAUUAUGGAGUACUGCUCCGGCGGGGAGCUGUUACAGCGCCUGGAGGCUCAAGAGGUCUACGACGAAGCGGCUGCUGCAGAGGCAACGUCCCAGAUGCUCCAAGCUGUCAACUAUCUUCAUGCGCACAGCAUCGUCCACCGCGAUCUGAAGCUCCAGAACUUCCUCUACGAAUCAGCAGAGAAAGAUGCCCUCCUGAAGCUGAUUGACUUCGGGCUUUGUGAAACCCUGGAAGAUGCUGACAUGAAAAUGAAAGCUUCUGUCGGCACGCUGGAGUUCUGCAGCCCAGAUGUCAUCAGUGGCAAGGAGUACACCAGCCAAUGUGACCUCUGGAGCUUGGGUGUUGUGGUCUUCAUGCUUCUUGCGGGUCGGCCUCCAUGGAGCACCUCAAGAGGAUUUGAGGGCAUGCGCAAGGACAUCGAGAAGGGCCUGGUGAAGUGGGACCGGCUUCACAAUGUCUCCGAGCACGCGAGAGACUUCGUGCAGAAACUUCUCGUUGUCAACCCCACCCAGCGCAUGACGGCAGAAACUGCACUUCAACACCCUUGGCUUACCAAAACGUUUGCGGACGUCGCAGAGCCGAAGUUGGGUCCCUCUGUGUUGGUGUCGCUGCAACAGUAUUCUUCUAAGUCGAAGAUGCAGCGCCUGCUUCUGCAGCUCUUGGCCCAGGAGCUUGCCCCGGAGGAGGUCAGCGAGAUGCGUGAGCUGUUCAUGAAACUCGACUCUGACGCUCGGGGCACCAUCCGGCUUUGCGACUUGAAGGAUGCUAUGCGCCGUCACUCGCGCCGUGCCAAAAAUCAAUCUCCCACGAAUGCGAGGUGGACGGAGCAUUUGCUCAGUCCCAAGAUGCGCGCUUCGCAUCGCCGUCGGAUUCGACAGGAGACGGCUCCUUUUCUGGUUUCGCCUCCAGUUUCGCCUCCAGCAGACGAGGCAGAGCAGAUUUUCUCGGUGUUGGAUGCCAAUGGUGACGAGGAGGUCUACUACUCUGACUUCCUGGCUGCAACAGCGAGCGUCCGCUGGCAGCUACGGCGGGAGGUUCUCCGCAAGAUUUUCAAUCGCUUUGACCGAGAUCGCUCCGGCACUAUCAGUAUGCAUGAGGUUCAGCUGGUUCUCAAAGAGUCGCUCGAGGAAGGUAGUGUGGAGGAACUGUUGGAAGAGUCCAAAGUGGCUCUCGACAGCAACGGCGAGAUCAGUUUCGAGGCAUUUGUCAGCCUCUUCGAGAAAAAGGAUGUUCUGCCCCCUGAGCAACUCCUCCCUCCCGAGCAGAAUGUGCCCCAUGCGCUUCCACGGGAGGAUCUGCUGCGCGCCUGCGCCUGGGAUGAAACGCCCAAAAGUCCCGUGUCUUCGACCAGGACACAUCCGCUCCUCUUUGCAGCUCUGGCUAGGGUGGCUACUGUCGCGUAA